UGCUUUGGCGGGAGAGUUGGGCGCCCGCCUGCGAUCAGGCUGUGGGAGUUUGGGUUCACAGUCUCACCGCUCUCUGUAAACUGCUCGAUGUUCUGCGAGAAAGCCGUAGAACUGAUCCAGGAGCUGCAGCGAGCGGCCGAUGGACAACUCCCCGCUUUCAACGAGGAUGGCAUCAGAGAAGUCCUUGAAGAGAUGAAGGCAUUGUACGAACAGAACCAAAGUGAUGUAAAUGAGGCUAAAUCUGAAGAAAGAACAGACUUAAUCCCAACAAUCAAGUUUCGUCACUGCUGUUUACUAAGGAAUAAGCGCUGCAUUUUAGCAUACCUAUACGACCGUUUGUUGCGGAUUCGAUCUUUGAGGUGGGAAUAUGGAAGUGUUCUGCCAUCAGAAAUCCGAUUCCAUUUUGCUCCUGAAGAGACAGAGUGGUUCAACCACUACAAAAAGUCACUCGCCACUUACAUGAGAACCAUUGGUGGAGAUGAAGGGCUGGACAUAACUCAAGAUAUGAAACCUCCAAAAAGUCUGUUUAUUGAGGUGCGGUGUUUGAAAGAUUACGGUGAAUUUGAGAUAGAUGAUGGUACGACAGUCCUCCUGAAAAAAAACAGCCAACAUUUUAUGCCCAGGUGGAAGUGUGAACAGUUAAUUCGUCAUGGAAUUCUGGAACAUGUGUUAUCCUGAGAAUAGCAACUCAAUGUUACAGCCAGUAGCUUACUCUUGUUUUGGCAUGUAUUACCUGCAUCUUAUUAAAAUAUUCAACUGAGUAAAACCCUUUAAUUUGACAGCUAAUAAAUUAGUCACUGCUUAUUAAGCUAAGUUAAAAAUACCACUAUUUCCAAGAGGGUUGUACUUGCACAGAAGCCUAAAAAUUGGCUAAAACCUUUCUUCCCUCUCACAGCACAUCCUUGCAAGGAAAGUAUGUGCAGGAGGGGGAGGAAUUCUCUUAAUU